AUGCUUCCUAAAGCUUGUCUAUUCGAUAUGGACGGUCUUUUAUUAGACACGGAGACCAUUUACACAAAAAGCACAAACAUCAUAUUGGAACGGUACCAAAAAGGUUCUUUUCCCAUGGAAAUCAAGGCGCAAAUGAUGGGCCGACCAUCUCGAGAAGCUUGUCACAUUUUUCUGGAAUGGUCCAAGUUAGACUUGUCCUACGAGCAAUACGUUCAAAUGCAGCGUGAAUUGCAAUCUGAACUUUGGAAACAAACUCAGCCUUUGCCUGGAGCAUUAGAGCUUUUACGUCAAUGUAAAACGCUUAAUAUUCCAGUGGCACUCGCUACCUCUAGUGAUACUUACAAUUUCGAAAGAAAAACUGGCCAUUUAGGAGACAUGUUUCAGCUUUUUGAAAACAACAUUGUGACAGGAGAUGACAAUCGUUUGCAUCCUGGCCGUGGAAAGCCAAACCCCGACAUCUGGUUCAUCGCUUUGGAAGUCAUAAACGAAAAGCUCCGUUCAAAGGGAGAACCAGAGGUUGAAGCAAGGGAUUGUCUUGUUUUUGAAGACUCCAUACUGGGACUUGAAUCAGGAAGGGCUGCUAAUAUGAGAGUAAUUUGGGUUCCUGAUCCCAAGCUUCUCCCUUUUUUCUCUCUGUCUCCUGAGCAAGCCGCAGACAAGGAUAUCAUCAAGUGUUCAUCACUAAAGGAAGUCGACUUACGCAAGCUGUAA